AUGAUAUGCAGCCAACUGUGCCAGGGCCGUAAAAGCGUCAUCACCGGAAAAAAUGUGAAACUGCCCAAAAAUAUCACUGUAACGGACCACUUUACAGAUCUCAUUCAGCAUGGCGAUGUAGAUGGCGACAACCCGGCGCUUAUCGGUGAUAAUGGUGAAACAUUGUGGACUUACAUGCAGUUGGAUCUCACAGCUAAUAAGGUCGCAAAAGCAAUGAGACGACUUUUAGGCUACUGGACAAGUAAUAAUCCUGAUGGAGAUCUUGUCAUUGGAUUUUGCCUUCACACCACGGAAAACACGAUUCUCAUGAUGCUGGCAAUCUUAAAGCUCGGUGGAACUUACAUAUCACUCUCCACCACUUAUCCAGAACAGCAGAUUGUCCGAAUCGUGGGGAAUAUCCGACCAUUGCUCAUAAUAACGGAAUCCGAUCCCCAAAUCACGUCACGUUUCGACUGUGUCAAACACAUCUGUGAAAUUGCACCGCUUCACGUCAUUGUGGAAAAUUCAAAUGAUUUUGAGGGUGACCCGAACGACCCCGUCCCUCUGGAGAGCUUGGCCCCGCCGUGGCGUCGAGCCGCCGCAAUCGUGCUCACCGCUGGGACGACUGGCGAACCGCGAUUCGUGCGAAUUGGACACAUGUCAAUAUUAAAUCGACUUUACUGGCAAUACAAAGCUAUUCCAUUCUACGACAAGCCCGUCGCUUGUCUCUCCUCCCUGCUCGUAGAUGCAGAAAGUGUUGCCGAAGUAUUUGCCCCACUUCUUGGUGGGGUUCCAUUGUACAUAAUUGCGAGACAUGUCAUGUCAAAACCGAUCGCCUUGUUGGAAAAGAUAAGAUCAGUCGAGAUCACGAGGAUAACGAUGACGCCGACCAGCUUAAAUUUGAUGUUUAACACGAUGGAAGAGUUUGACAUUGGUGUGGCAAGAGAGAAAUUGGAGAGUUUGAAGUAUCUCAUCAUAAGCGGAGACAUUCUUAGUUUUCAGGUCGGCUUAAAGUGCUUCGAAUAUAUAGCGUCCCAUUGUAACCUCGUCGUUUUCUAUGGAUGUACUGAAACUAUGAGUGAAGCAAGUUGGGAGAUAUUUUCGAAUCAGCAGGAUUUCAUAGAUAAAGUUUACGGACAACAGGUGUCCAUUGGACUUCCGCUGUGUAACACGACGAUCUAUAUUAUGGACGAGGACUGCAACAUAGUUCGGGAAGGAACCAUUGGAGAAAUAUGUAUCUCCGGAAAAAGUUUGGCACUCGGAUAUUCCAACAAUAAAGAUCAGACCAAAAGAUUCAUCAUGUAUCCGCCGAGAGUAAAAAAAUCGAGCCAGGUUAAAAUAUUCAGAACAGGAGAUUUCGGAAAAAUAGUGGACACUGAUGGAAAUCAUGGAUGUAGAAUUUAUUACGAAGGACGAAUCGACAUGAUUAUAACAAUUCAAGGACAGGAAAUAGAACUGAACAAUAUUGCCGUUGCUGUUGAAAGUACUAAUCUUUGUAAGGAAUGUGCUGUUUUGUGCUAUCGUCGAAAUCGAGAAGACCAGGCCGCUGUAGCAUUUUGCGUUUUAAAGGAUAACGUUGAAAAAAGUAUGUUGACCGACUCGUUAAAAAAAGUUUUAGAAGAUUACAUGGUUCCAGACGUUUAUCCGGUGAGUGAACUCCCAUAUCUUCCCAGUGGGCGAUUGGACAGGCAAAAAUUGCUUAAACUUUACAAAUUCCGUCUCAUGGAAAGCACUCCGGAAGAAUGGAAAUCUUUGAAUAUGACAAUUGGCGAAAAACAGGCUGCAAAAAUACUAUUUGAAGCGAUAAGUCCAAUUGAUGACUUUGUUCUUGCCGGAAGUAUUGCGGAUAUAAUCAAAUUAAUGGUGCAUUCCAGCAAGGAUCCAGUCCCUGAGAAUCUCAUGCUCAUGCAUAUUUCCGAAUUGGGUGACGAGCGUUACACGUUGGGCCCUUUAAAUAAUAUGGAUAAAGUGAAAAUUAUCAACACGUGUUACGCCCAGAAAGGUCCCGUCUCCAUAAUUGCAGCCAUAACACAGGAAGAGUAUGCAAAAUAUUUAGAAUAUUUGUGGAAUAAAAUGGUCAAAGAAGCCUUAAGCGUUGUCGCUUUUGAUAAGAACAAUGGCAAAAUUGUGGCUGUCGCUUUAUGCAUGGACAUAAAUUCGAAAUAUACUCAUAGACCGAGGAAAAUUGUAGAUAAGCCAUUGUCAUACUACAUAGAACUUAUCGACGCUUGUGAAAUGCUUGUACAUCAAACUACGAUAAGCAAGGAAAAAGGGAAAACUAUCGAAAUCUUCCUUAUCGGGACGGACAUCUCGGUCGAGUCAAAGUACAACAUUAUCCUCGUCGAAUUAUUGAUGAAGGGAGCCAUGCAACGAGCCUUGUAUCGAGGAUUUUCAUGGGCUUUAAUAAUCAGUGCGAGUCCUCUAGUUCGGGACUUUUGCGGCAACGUUCUCCAGUACGACAUGAUUGCAGAGAUAAAACUAAACAAAUUCGUCUCAAAAGAUAAAACAAAACCGUUUCGAAAGGCCCGAGAUUAUCAGUCAAUUAAAGCCUAUUAUCGUUUAUUCACUUGA